AUGUUUUCUGCGGAUUCAACAACUUCAAACGCGGAACCCGUUAGUAUCUCCAUCAAGACUGAAAGUGCAUGGGUACCUUCUAUGAUGCAAAAUGGAGAACCACAAUCUGACCAGUUAGCCUUUGCCAUGAACAUAAUUGAUCAAACUCAGGCUGAGCUAAGCGUAUCAACGAAUACAGAGGUUACAGACACAUCGUCACAAGGUAGGGGAAUAGCGAAUCCCUCCACGACUACCACAUCGGAUGAUACAUCCUAUCAGACUGCCGCUCCUUUACUCAACUCAAACGUGAAGUCUGAGCACGUCAACCGAAGAAGCUUUGAGAACUUCCACUUGGACCCUAAUGAUUUCCAAAAUCUACUCAUGACCAACCCUCCCAUCUUGGAGUACCCAUAUCCGUACCCUCCAAAUCAACAAGUUCCUGCUGACGAUUGGUCGCCCUCCCUCUCUUUACCGCAGGCCGGUGUUGUACCCCACGAGGUGGCUCCAUCUUACGCUUCGAACUAUCUCCCUGCCAAUGUGAUGACUGAUCCAGAAUCACAGAGCUCGACGCCUGUGUCCGCUUCCCAUCAUUUUCCGCUUCGCAGAAGAGUUUCUAUUUCCAACGGCCAAAUAGGUCAAAUCAGUAUGAUGUGCCACAAGAAGGACUCCAAGAAAACGAAAGCCGACGAAGAGAACGAUCUACACGUCAACGAACAGGGAGUGCCUCAACAGCAGCUAUUUUACAACAAUGAGGUUAUCUUCAAUCCAAAUGCAGGGCCUAUCCACGGGACAUCAGCGUGGAAAAAACAACGGAUAUUGGAACGAAACAGGAUUGCUGCCUUCAAGUGUCGGCAGAAGAAGAAAGUUCAACAGGAGAAGUUGCAACAGGACAAUGAUAUACUAGCUCAGAAAAACGCAGCCCUUAUUGAGAAAAAUAGACAACUGGAGAAUCUGUUACUGAGGCUCAAAGAGGAGUUAAGCAAGUGUGAGGUCACCGACACAGUUGCAGACCUUCUAGCUCAGAUUAAUAUCCAGGAAUCCGAAUCUUAA